UAUCGUGACGUCCUCGCCGACUCAGCCGACCGUCAAUUCGCGGAUUUUGGAGCACGCGAUUUUGGGCUUUGUUGUUGCGCCAAGUUGCCGCGCAUGCUCCGUAAUUCGAGAGUUGACCGCUGUAAGCGCGGUGGCGCGCUGGCGCUCGUCGAUGUGAAUUGUGACGUCACGCGGGUAGUUGAGCUAUAGCUAUACGCAACUGUUGCGACGUUUUGCUGGCCGCUGUCUUUAUUAUUGUUUGUCGUUGGAUUUAUUUGUGUUUUUGGAGGAUCAGCUGAUAACCGAGUGGCAAGAUGAACGCACCGCCGACCUUUGAAUCGUUCUUGCUGUACGAGGGAGAAAAGAAAAUCAUCAAAGAACAGGACACGAAAGUUCCUAAUGCUGCUAUUUUCACUAUCAACAAAGAGGAUCACACUCUUGGAAACAUGAUCAGAAAUCAACUUCUGAAGGACCCGCAAGUAUUGUUCGCUGGAUACAAGCUACCUCACCCCUUGGAACACAAAUUUGUCAUAAGAAUCCAAACAACAUCCGACCAUACACCACAUGAAGCCUUCAUGAAUGCAGUAACAGAUCUUAUUGCUGAGCUUUCAUUGUUCGAAGAAAGGUUUAAGGAAGCAAUAAAGGAGAAGAAAGAAGGAUUAGAUUAAAUCAAUGACACUAGGAUAAUUUAAUGUUUAGCUUAAUUAUAAGGAUUCGACACUUGUACAAAGGAUGAAUAAAAUUUCGUAUCGACAUGGAGUACUGUUCCGAUAUUCUGCUUAGAUUAAACAUUUAAAUAAAUUUUAAUUUUUUAAGUUAAAAAAAAAACAUU